AUGGCGCAGCUGCUGCUGCUGCCGCUGGCGAUGCCACAGUCGUACGGCAGGCUGGAGGAAUUUUCCCUCCGCGUCCAGAGAACCCUGCGGAGCGGUCACGGCGGUCCCCCGAAGGGGUUUGAUCAGAAGAAAGACAGAGCCGGCUCACCCGUGCAGCAGCAGCAGCAGCAGCAGGGCUGGAGCGUUGCGGCCGAAUGCAAUGCACGCGCAUGCCGCACUUCUUUCGCACCGUCAGUAGCCCAAGCACCGUCAGUAGCCCAAGCACCGUCAGUAGCACAAACACCGUCAGUAGCACAAACACCGUCAGUAGCCCAAGCACCGUCAGUAGCCCAAGCACCGUCAGUAGCCCAAGCACCGUCAGUAGCCCAAGCACCGUCAGUAGCCCAAGCACCGUCAGCAGCCCAAGCACCGUCAGCAGCCCAAGCACCGUCAGUAGCCCAAGCACCGUCAGUAGCUCAAGCACCGUCAGCAGCCCAAGCACCGUCAGUAGCCCAAGCACCGUCAGCAGCCCAAGCACCGUCAGUAGCCCAAGCACCGUCAGUAGCACAAGCACCGUCAGUAACACAAACACCGUCAGUAGCACAAGCACCGUCAGUAGCCCAAGCACCGUCAGUAGCCCAAGCACCGUCAGCAGCCCAAGCACCGUCAGUAGCCCAAGCACCGUCAGCAGCCCAAGCACCGUCAGUAGCCCAAGCACCGUCAGUAGCCCAAGCACCGUCAGUAGCCCAAGCACCGUCAGUAACACAAACACCGUCAGUAGCCCAAGCACCGUCAGUAGCCCAAGCACCGUCAGCAGCCCAAGCACCGUCAGUAGCCCAAGCACCGUCAGUAGCCCAAUCACCGUCAGUAGCACAAACACCGUCAGUAACACAAACACCGUCAGUAGCACAAGCACCGUCAGUAGCCCAAGCACCGUCAGUAACACAAGCACCGUCAGUAGCACAAACACCGUCAGUAGCCCAAGCACCGUCAGCAGCCCAAGCACCGUCAGUAGCCCAAGCACCGUCAGCAGCCCAAGCACCGUCAGUAGCCCAAGCACCGUCAGUAGCCCAAGCACCGUCAGUAGCCCAAGCACCGUCAGUAGCACAAGCACCGUCAGUAACACAAACACCGUCAGUAGCCCAAGCACCGUCAGCAGCCCAAGCACCGUCAGUAGCACAAACACCGUCAGUAGCCCAAGCACCGUCAGUAACACAAGCACCGUCAGUAGCCCAAGCACCGUCAGUAGCCCAAGCACCGUCAGUAGCCCAAGCACCGUCAGUAACACAAGCACCGUCAGUAGCCCAAGCACCGUCAGUAGCACAAGCACCGUCAGUAGCCCAAGCACCGUCAGUAGCCCAAACACCGUCAGUAACACAAGCACCGUCAGUAGCACAAGCACCGUCAGUAGCCCAAGCACCGUCAGUAGCCCAAGCACCGUCAGUAACACAAGCACCGUCAGUAGCCCAAGCACCGUCAGUAGCACAAGCACCGUCAGCAGCCCAAGCAUUUUGCGGCGGCGCCUCCGCGCAGCUCGUUAGCCGAACCCUCGCCCACGGGCAGCAGCGCCCCCGUGCCCUGCGCGAGGUCACAAAGUUGGACCCGUGA